AUGAGUUCAACUCUUUGUGUUCAUCCGGAUAUGGUGCAGAAAGGGCGAAUUUCUGCUUCAUCAGCACAAAAUUCUUCAUCCAAGUUAAAGAAAAGAAACAAUGUAUGUCCAUAUAGUAAAAGAUCACUGUUAUCUAAACGUAAUGAGGCAUGUCCUUGCGCUGUUGCUCGAGCCACAUUCAGUAAUAAAGUCACGGGUUUUAUAUUUUUGUCACAAAAUCAAUGUGAUUCAACAACAUUUGUUGGUCAAUUCUCCAGUGGAUUUAGACAAGGUUGCGAUUAUUCUUUUUUAAUAACUGAUGAUUGUGGAAACAUAAUUAAAAAUAUCACUCAACAAUUGGAUGUGCAAUUCAAUAAUAAUGGCGGAUCUGAAGCUUUCCAUGCAAGAAUUGACGAUAUUAGUAUUAAUUGCGACAACAACGGAAUAUUAAAUUCAGCACAAUCGUUUUCCUCAAAAAGAAAACGUACUUGUAAAAAGGCUGGUAAAUCACUUAUCAGAAUUAAUGAGGACGAGAAACAUUUUGAUGAUGCUAAAAUCGAAUUAUUAAAAUAA